CUCCUGACGCUCAUCCGUCUCGAGUGCCAGUCCCUCCCUGCGUCGCCGCCCUACCCCCAUCCAUUCUACCGUCGUCCGCAAUGGCUCUCAAGAGGAAGAUGGACUUCGACGACGAGACCGUCCAGGCUCCUAUGCAGAAGCUCGUUCCCUUCCCCAACACCGAGCCCGACAAUGAUGUGGCCAUGACCGACGCGUCCGUAUAUCACCUUGAGCCUCUGCUUAUCCCCAUGCCAUCCUUCCACACCCGCCUCCCCUCUGACGCCAGUUACUCAUCUUCGACUGCUGGUGACUCGCCUCGCAUAUCCCCUGCUUACCCAUAUUUCGACCUCUACCCAGCCGACGACAACGGCUUCAAUGCUUUCGACUCUCCCGUUUCCGAGACAUCGAAGUCCGUGGGUCUCCUUCAGCCGAAGAACCCUUCUUUCACGCAUCACGGUCAAAACUGCUCGCAAAUCCCGAAGCUUCGCGUUGCCUGUUCCCCUGGACUAAACGGCCAAAGGACUAUGUGGGCGCACUGCGAACAAUGCGGUGCGAUUGAAAUGGUCCACACCGACUGAUCCACCGCGCCUAGUCUCGUUGUCUGACGUCCCCUCGAGACCCAUCUCUUCCCUCCGACUCUCCUCGUCAUCAGCAUUACGUCAUUAACUCGUUGGGCGUUCCCUCACCCUCACCUGACCGACCUCGUGAACGCCCGUCUCGACCUCAACAUCGUCAUCUCGUCAGCCCACUUCUAGUUGCCUUCCACCACUGCUUCGGCGUCAUAGGCAACAAUCUCCAUUAUCCCCUUAUGCUGUGUUUAUGUAU